AUGUCAGCGAAUUUAAGACUAUCCUGGGCUGGCGACUUUGAUCGUUUGAAGGAGUUUGUAAAGAGUGACCUAGAGUUGCAGGGAAGCUGGUCAUCCCCGGCGAACGAGAAAAAACUUUUCGUGUCAGACAACGUUGAGUUGCUUUGGUGGAAAAACAAAAAGUUCCUAAAGAUCAAUGGAGAGGAUGCAAAUCGAAUCAAACGUUGUAUGAUCAACGCUAUGUUUACGAGUUUAAACCUCGAUAGUAUCAAGUCUGGUGUGGACAUGGCUACUAACACCGAGAACUCCUUAAACGAAAACCAACCAACAAAACACCAGUGUACGGGUUGUGAAUGUUCGAAGCUAUCACCAGACUUGGAGGGUUUGAAAUUAGACUUGGUUGUUUUGGAAUCGAAACUCAACCAUAAAAUCCAAGCCGUGGAAAACCAAAUAUUACGCAUGAACGAUUGCCGACCAAAAGAGCUGAAAAAUCAUGCAAAUCUCGAAAAUAUGUUGACAACCUCUACACCCAUUAGCAGCGGCGGCACGAACAAAACAAAAGAGGUUAGUAAUUCAAAUCCUCACAUUAAUCCCGUUGUUGUUCGGACCGCUAACGAUGCAUGCUUCACACCAAUAAAAGUACCGGAUAACACAGAAACUUUUAUGGCCAUAGAUCAGUCAUGCGAGAAAACGUUACACCAUGAUUUGGUGCCAUUGCCAAAAUCCAUCAAUCACUCACAAGAGGAAUUAACCCUGACAAAGGUAGUUUUCCCUGUUAGGAACAAUAGUGAACAGUCGAAAAUAGGCGAGCUUUCCCAUACGGGAAGCCGUACAAAUCCUAUUCAAAAAGAACAAAGCUGUCAUUAUAAUGUUCCUGGUAGGCAAUCUUGCUCUAGUUAUUUACAUGAUCGUGGUCAACAAUUUCGAAGCAUUCCAGUACGUAUCACUCACCGUCCACUGCCAGUGAACCCAGAGAAAGUAAAUAAACAUAGACGUGCGUACCGGAGUCAGGUUUUUCGACAUCGACAUCAGACGGACUGGCUCAGGCAUCUGGAGCUGGUCCGCAAAGUAAUUCGGUCAUAA